CGCCGCCUGUCAGUGAGCGGGGCGCCGCUGGGGAGGCCUGAGGGGUAGCGCGGGGCCGUGGCGCGCUGGGCUCCAGCGUGACUCUCUGAACCUGUGAGAUGGCUGUGAUGGGAAUUACCUGCCAGGCAGCUCCUGAGCCAGCCUUCAAGCAGAAGAAGGAGCUCACAGGCAGCAAGGGGCUGAAGGAGGCAGCAAGUGAAAAGCAGAGCAGUGUCUGCAAAGUGGAGGAUUCAAAGAAGGUCAUCUUCCACAGUCAGUGGAAAAUCCUCAAUGAUGUCAUCACCAAAGGAACAGCAAAAGAAGAAACAGAAGGAGGCUGUGCAUCAAUUUCUAUUAUUGCCCAAGCAGAGUGUGAGAACAGUCAGGAGUUCAGCCCUACCUUGUCAGAGAGAUCCUUCAUUGCUCACAGCAAGCGUUACAGCCGCUCAGACAGCCUCGACCAAAUCCCCAACAAUGUUGCCCACGCCACGGAGGGGAAGAUGGCACCGCGGCGGGGCCGGCGGCGCGGCAGGGCCAGGAGGAAGCGCCACAAGAAGAGAGCCAAGCUGAAAGCACAGACAGGGGCUGCUGCCAGGAGGGCUCCCAGAACUCCAGAGCAAGAGAGCUGCACUCCAAUUCCUGUCCAGGAGGAUGAGUCACACCCAAACACUCUUUACAGAAACAGUUUCUGGGCUUCAGAAUUCACCAAGGGCUUGGUUCAUGAUCCACUGCCAUUUGAGAAAGCAGGGCAAGUGCUGCCCACCCUCAAGCCCCCCUCCCCGAGGAGCCAGUACAAAGCCGAGCUGCACAAGCUGAUAAGCCCCAUUCAGUGCCUUAACCAUGUUUGGAAGCAGCAGGCCCAGAGGGACAGUGUCCCCCAGCCUGAAACUCUCCAUCCUUUUCCCUACAACAUCAUCCCCCCUCAUGUCCCACCCCUGGAGAGCCCUCUGCAUGCCCUGAAGCACAGUGCUCUGGAGCCUUACUUCCACGGGGAGCUCGGCUAUCGGGAGAGCCAGCAUCGCUUCUCUGGCCUCAGCCUCGAGUACAGCUUCCCCAAAUGUGCCACCCAGUCCAUCCCAACCAGCUCAGACAAGAUUUCUGUGGAGGAAUACUUGGUGGAUGCCUUGAAGGGGAGUGUGAGCCUUGGUGAGCCACAGAACUUAGCCAGCCUGGCCAAGACGUGGCGAGGAGGUGCUCUGGACCCGAAGGAGCAGUUUGAUGAAGCAGAUGAAAACGAAGGGGUGCUGCUGAAUGAGAAGCUGAAGCCAGUGGACUAUGAGUACCGAGAGGAGGUUCACUGGACCAAGUGCCAUGGCUCUCUGGGCAUUGGCUCCUUUGGAGAGGUGUACAAAAUAGAGGACAAACAGACAGGAUUUCAGUGUGCUGCCAAGAAGGUGCAAGUGGAACACUUCCGUGCCGAGGAGCUCACCACCUGCGCUGCCCUCACCAGCCCCAGCGUUGUGCCCCUCUAUGGAGCUGUGAAGGAAGGACCUUGGGUGACCAUCUUCAUGAAGCUGAUGGAGGGUGGCUCCUUAGGACAACUAAUCAAACAGAGUGGCUGCCUGCCAGAGGACAGAGCCCUCAGUUACCUGGGCCAGGCACUGGAGGGCUUGGAGUAUCUUCAUGCUCAAAACAUCCUCCAUGGAGAUGUGAAAGCGGAGAACGUGCUGCUGUCCGACGACGGGAGCAGAGCUCUGCUGUGUGACUUUGGCCACUCUGCUCACCUCCACCCUGAUGGCCUGGGGAAGUGCUUGGUCACAGGGAACUACGUGCCUGGCACGGAGACGCACAUGGCGCCCGAGGUGGUGAUGGGCAAGCGCUGCGACUCCAAGGUGGACAUCUGGAGCAGCUGCUGUAUGAUGCUUCAUAUGCUCAAUGGCUGCCACCCUUGGACCCAGUAUUACAAUCACCCACUGUGCCUCAAGAUAGCUAAAGAGCCACCUCCUCUGAGGGAAAUUCCACCUUCCUGCAACCCUCUCACUGCUGAGAUUAUCAAAAUGGGGCUGGAGAAGGAGCCUGUGCAGAGAGCAUCAGCCUCAGAGCUCAAAACCAAGGCCAGUGUCGCGCUUGAAGAAGUGGGAGGUGUGACAAGCCCCUGGAAAGGUGAAUACAGAGAGCCCAGGCAUUUCUCUCUGCACAAAGACAACAACCCACAGACCUCCCUGUCCCCCACAGUGAGCCCAGUUUCUGAGACUGCUUCUGACCCCAAACUGCCAGACAAAGUGUCCUGUGCAAGCCCAGUCCUCCCACCAGCAUCCCUGGAGCAAACAGAGGAGGUGGAGGGGACCUCUUGGAACAUGUGCAAGGAGUUACCAGAGGCCUGGGACCCUCCACCUCUCUCCUCCACUCCUCUCCCCCUGAAGAGCUGCAGCCAUGUGGAGAGAGCCACAACCAUUUCAGAGCAAGAGCUUCAGCAGCUGGAAAUAGAGCUCUUUCUGAACAGCCUGUCCCAGCCCUACUCCCUGGAGGAGCAAGAGCAAAUGCUGUCCUGCCUCAGCAUCGACAGCCCCUUCGUGUCGGACGCCAGCGAGAGGAACUCCAUGAAGGCUUCCCAUAGCCUGAGGGACACGAUGAGCUCUGGGAUUCACUCCUGGAGCAGCCAGGCCGAGGGGCAGAGCUGCAGCUGGAACAACCUGCGGAGCCGCGGCCGGCACGCCGACACCCCCAGCUGCUUCAACGGAGUCAAAAUCCAGAUCCAGCUGCUAAGUGGAGAGAAUUUGCACAUCAGGGAUUUCCACAGGACAAAGGUGGGAGACAUUGCCACUGGGAUCAGCAGCCAGAUCCCAGUCCCUGCUUUCAGCCUGGUCACUAAAGAAGGGCAGCCAGUUCACUAUGACAUGGAGGUGCCAGACUCCGGGAUCGAGCUGCAGUGCACCCUGGCCCCCGACUGCAGCGUCAGCUGGAGCUGGCGAGUCAAGCACGGCCAGCUGGAGAACAGGCCAUGAAGCCAGCCCUGCCUUGGAGGGUUUGACCUUGGCAGAAGAAGGAAUUGCAGAAGCUUCCAAGCACCCCUGCCCUGGAGCACCAGGAGCAGCUGCUGGUGUGUUGUGCUGCAGUAGGAUAGCGGUCAGCAGCUCGCUGCUCUCGGGCCUCACUUCUGUCGUCUGCUCUGAUCCUGGCUCCAAGACACCUCCUGAGCUUAGAUGUUCCCCAGGAGAGUGGGAAUGACUUGUUUGGGUGUGAGUGUUAGGCUGAGCUUGAGACUGGUGGGUGGAAAUUCCUGCUUUGCAGAGGAAUCUGAUUGUGCUUCCCAGGAGAAGAGGGGGAUGGGGAGAGAGCUGCUGCUCCUCAGGCGCUGAGGCGAAGCCUGGGGGCUUGCCCGAGGGAGGAGGUUCAGGGCAUCUUCGGGGUGCUGGCUGUGGGUGGCUGUGCUGAGGGGAGCUGGCUGGCUUCCUUCUAGCUGCAGGAGAAGCUUCACGUUUCUGGAGGCUCUGGGUAGCAUCAUCUCUACCUCAAGCCUUUUGCAGGGGGGGAAAUCAACAGCAGUGAGUGGCUGGGUUCCUGGUUUCACCUCCCACCCUUCCCCGCAGAGACUUCCUCCUUCAGUCAGAAGAGAACUUUGUUCCCAGAAAGAGCUCUGCCUGCAGCUCUCAUCUGCAGCCCUCCUCCCGACUCAGGGGCUGCUGCUCACUCUCUGCUGUUGCUGCUGACAUUGGCUGGCAGGAGGGGCAGGAGAGGGGUUGGUGGGCAGGUGGAGGGCUUGCAUUCCUCCAUCCUCCCUGCACCACUGGCCUGGGAUGUGGGGAGGUGAACUGCCCCGUGCUGGCAGCUCCCCUUGGAGGGGCAGGGGGCAGCAGCUCUGUCAGCUUGGACAAGGUCUGAGUGUGGAGCUGGCUGGUGGAGGCCAGGAGCCCAGCUGUGUGUGGUGUGUGAGCCCAGCCCACCGAGGGCCUGGCCCCAGGCUUCCUGCUGCUCCCCUGGCAGCACAAUGUGCUGAGGGGCUGUGGUGAGCA